AUGAUGGUAACGGAGGAUGAAGGACAGACAACGGACAUAGAGACGGGCGUUCCAAGUUUUGACCUUUUGACAGGAUCAACUGCAUUAGUUGGAGAGUGCCGAACGAAUGAGGAUAGUCCAAAGUCAAUAAUGAGUAACAUCAAUCGUCUCAUGUCGAAGGUUCCAAGUUCAAAGCGACUCGAUCAUCAAUCGCCGCAUCCGCACCCGUAUCUCAAUGUUUGA